CGCUGGUUUGAGGUGCUUUGCGUCAUGUGGUGACUGAAAACUUGUGCAAAAUGAUAUCUAAAGCUACUUUAGGUAUCGCUGCUGCUGGGGCAGGAAUAUGUUUUAUUGGAUAUUGUAUAUAUUUUGACAAGAAAAGAAGGAGUGACCCGUUAUUUAAGACAAGGUUGCGAGAAAGAAGAAAAAGGGCUAAAGAACACAAACCUUCUAAAUCAUCAUCCACUGAGUUUCCCAACCUGUCUGAUCCUCAGGCAAUGCAGAGGUUUUUCUUACAGGAGGUGCAGUUAGGGGAAGAACUGCUGGCUGGAGGAGAGAUAGAGGAUGGUGUAGAACACCUGGCCAAUGCUGUAGCAGUGUGUGGUCAGCCUCAGCAGCUUCUCCAGGUGCUCCAGCAGACACUGGCUCCUCAGAUAUUCCAACUACUUCUGCAAAAACUUCUGCUGUCAGCCAGAAACUGACAUCCCUAAAUGCUGUCCCAAAAGAAGCCACUAUUACACCACUGGAGGAUGACUUAGAGUAACUGACCAACAGGCAUGCUUGAAAAAUCUGGUAAAACCUGUAUCCAUGGCAACCAGAUACUCCACCUGAGAUACAUGAUAAUGUUACGAGGCGACAUGAGAGAAGAGUGCAGUUAAAAGGACAUAUACCCUGGAUAGAUCUCUGAAGAGGUGUUCGCCUGGUAUUUUAUGUUCUUACGUGGGACAGAUCAUUGCAUCAUAUUAACAGGAGUGUGAACAGCUUGCUAACAUGAUUCACUGAUCUGCUUUCUGCAUACCGUACAGUCCUGUUUUGUGGUAGAAAUAACUGACAUGCAUGUAUUUUUAUGUCAAUGACUUGAAAAUGACAAACCUCAUUUUGUGUUCGAUCAUCACUCUUAUAUUAACACCUUUUCUACUCUGGGCUAUACCGCAUAUAUUUUAAAUACUGUAUCCUCUGAGGAAGUGUACUUUCCUCAACCUGUCCACUGGAUAAUUAUGAAGAUGUGAUAUUCUUUGGAUGUCCAAUAUCACAAGAAGCUCAAAAGAUAAAAUAUUGAAAAGAACAUAGGGAGUUUGAUGUUUGAUGUUGGCAAGCUGCCAGUAUGUAUUGGAAAGAGCUGUUUUUGUAUUGAGUCAGUAAUAUAGACUUGCAUUUUAGAUGAACAUAAGCAUCAUAGAAUAGACCAUCAAGACAAACGUUUCAUCUUAUUAUAACAAUUUUAUUGAGUGAAUGUUUGCAAUAAGUUGCACUUGUAUACUGUAUAAAGAAUAAAGGUACUGGGUGGUAAUGUAUUAAUUUUGCUUUUUACUUUUGCUGUGUGUUAAUUUAAAUGGGAGACAAAAUUAACCUAUGUCAUAUUAGCUGAUAAACCACUUUACAAAGUGGCAAAAAUAAAAAGUUUAACGUGACAU